CUUUCAGCUGCAGGCUUAACAGUUUAAGAUUUUAGUUUUUUGGGGGAAAUAAACCAUAUUUUGCCAGGAUGGGAGCUGGGGCUAGCAGCGAGGAGAAGCAUUCCAGAGAGCUGGAGAAAAAGCUUAAAGAAGAUGCUGAUGCAGAUGCCAGGACUGUCAAGCUGUUGCUGCUUGGUGCUGGUGAAUCUGGGAAAAGCACCAUUGUCAAGCAGAUGAAAAUUAUACAUCAAGAUGGUUAUUCAAAGGAAGAAUGCUUGGAGUUUAUCGUCAUUAUCUACAGCAACACCUUGCAGUCUAUGAUGGCUAUUGUGAAAGCCAUGACUACCUUCAGCAUUGGGUAUGGAGACCCUGCCAGGCAGGACGAUGCUCGUAAGCUGCUGCACUUGGCAGAUACCAUCGAUGAAGGAACCAUGCCUAAGGAGAUGUCUGACAUAAUCUCCCGCCUAUGGAAGGACUCGGGCAUCCAGGCCUGUUUCGAGAGAGCUUCCGAAUACCAGCUCAAUGACUCUGCUGGAUAUUACCUGAAUGAGCUGGACAGGCUGAUCGCCCCUGGCUACCUCCCCACUGAGCAGGACGUCCUGAGAUCAAGAGUAAAGACCACUGGUAUCAUCGAGACCCAGUUCGGCCUAAAAGACCUAAACUUCAGGAUGUUCGAUGUGGGUGGUCAGCGUUCCGAAAGAAAGAAGUGGAUCCAUUGCUUUGAGGGGGUCACCUGUAUCAUUUUCAUUGCUGCCCUCAGUGCUUAUGACAUGGUGCUGGUGGAGGAUGAUGAAGUGAACCGUAUGCAUGAGAGUCUUCACCUGUUCAACAGUAUUUGCAACCAUCGCUACUUUGCUACCACCUCCAUCGUGCUUUUCCUCAACAAGAAAGAUGUCUUCACAGAGAAGAUCAAGAAGGCUCACCUUAGCAUGUGCUUCCCUGAUUAUGAUGGCCCAAACACCUAUGAAGAUGCUGGUAAUUAUAUCAAGUUGCAGUUCUUGGAGCUUAACCUGCGGCGAGACGUCAAAGAAAUCUAUUCCCACAUGACCUGCGCCACAGACACGGAGAACGUCAAGUUUGUGUUUGACGCCGUCACCGACAUUAUCAUCAAAGAAAAUCUGAAAGACUGUGGUCUAUUCUAAAGCUCUGAGCCAGCCAAGAACCACAACUUGAACGGUAUGCAAUGCCUCUUCCCCAUCCGCUGCAUGAAAUAAGUUCCAAGCAGCCUCAGGUUUUAAGAGAACCCAAAGCAGAAGGACCUACA